AUGAGUACUGAACAAGCUCCUCAAAAUCUCACUGCCAGCCCUUUGGCUUCAACUGAUUCUACUAUCAAUUCCAACACAACUGCCUCGGGUAUUCCGUUCAUUAAAUCUAGAGGAAGAACUGUCCCAAAACCUUUUAAUCUUUCAUCAACAAAGAAGAGAGACAUUUCUCAAGUUUCAAACUCUUCGGAAGGGAAGAAAAAUGUUGAUCAAAGUAGUAAGAAGUUGAAAUCAACACUCUCAAAGACUAACUCUGGUGUACCUUUCAUCAAGAAGAAGGAUGCCACUGUUUGUGAACCUCCUAAAUUCCUCACCUCAAAGAGAGAAGUCCAAAAGAAACCAAUCCAAAAGAAGGCUGAAAAGACUCCAUUCACUGUUGAGGAAGAUUUUGUAGAGAAUGUGAUGAGAGAAGUAUAUGCUCAAAAUUUUAAGAAGGAUGUUUCUGCUGAUAUUGAAAAAGUCAAAGUACCUGUUGAUGUCCUUAUUACUAGAUUGAACAACAAGUUGGAAGAAUGCAAAAAUACUUAUCUUUUCAAUGUGCAAUCUAUUGAUCUUUCAACAUUGAAAAACUUUUGCAGACAACACUCUAAAAAGUUUGAAAUUGCUCAAGACAAGGAGAAGAACCAAAAAGUAGUUCGUUUGAAGAAACCAAACGUUCUCAAAACAGUCAAUACCAUCAUUAACAAGCCAUUGAAAUCUGUUUUGAUUGCAUCCAUUAAGAAUAACAACACAACCCACUCAACUCCAACACAAGAAAUCAUAAUUCUUCAAGAGGUUUCAGAACUUUGUGAAAAACAAGUGGAAGAACCUUCCAAGCAAAAUGAGGAAGAAAAUCAACAAACUGAACUUGUUGAAACAGUUCAGUUGGUGGAGGAAGUAUCUGUCACAGAACCUGUGGAGGAAGUAAAUAUGAUUGAAUCAGUGGAAUCUGUCAAUAAGGAAGAACCAAUUUCUGAAACUAUUCCAGAAGAAACUGCUAUCACUGUUUAG